AUGGGUAGCCAAGCAGAAAUUGAUUUAUUUGAUAGCUGUGUACAUAAAAGUUCAUUCCAAAAAACUCCAGUCUCUAUGAUUCAGGAACUCUCAGCCCGAAGAAAUAUUCCAUGCCAGUUUGACAUAUUAGAUAAAACUGAUCCAAUUUCAAACAAUGUAUUUAAGUAUAGAUUUACAUUUGGUGAAGGAGUAGCUGUAGGUGAUGGAACGUCUAAAAAAUUUUCAAAACAAGAAGUAGCGUUAAAUAUGCUUAAACUAAUUAGGCAACAUUAUCCACUUUUUUUUGAAACUGAAUUUAAACCAAUUGAUUAUGAAAACCAAGUUGAUGCAUGUAACAAAAUCAAUGAAAACUGUGUUAUUAGUUUAAUCAAAGUAUGUGCCAUUAAAAACCUUGGAGAACCUGUUUAUGAGCAGAUAUGGGAUGAAGUAGAAAAACAAACAAGAUUGCUUACCGUUAGUUGUCAAGUAGCUCAAAGGAUUGAAAUAGCAACAUACAAAACCAAAAGACAGGCCAAGAAUUUAGCUGCCUUUCAGAUGCUGAAAAAAUUAGAAUCCAUGGAAUUCCAAAGAUCACUGAGUCCUGUACAAAACGACUCUAUGAAGAAUUUGGAGAUUAUUGAAAUUAAUAAAUAUCAAGAAAAAAUUUCAAUAAAUGCGACCAUAGAAAAAGUAUAUAAUUUUUAUUACCCUUGUUGCCCUUAUUAUCCAAAUAAAGGAUCUUUCCCAUGUCAAAAUAUCGCUGUAUUAUUGCAAUUACACACAUCUAAAAAAUGAAAAUCGAUACAGUUUUUUAAAAUUUUUUUUCCCUAAUGGCUAUAAUUCAAUAAAUUUCUUAAUAAUACAGAAUUGACCCAUACUAUAUAUUUUCUCCUAAAUAAAUUCUUUAAUGUUAUAUAACCGAGUUACCUUUUAAAAUUCAUUUUUGUAGUUUAGAAAAUUAUAUUUAAGUAAAUGCUCUAAAUAAUAAGGUUUAAAUCUUUUUAUUAUUCUUGAUUUUUUAAAUAUUUUAAUUGAUUAUUUAAGGUUCUUUUGAGUUUUUCGAGUUCUUUUUCAUGGAUUUAAAUUGAGUCUCAAUCUCGCCUCUAGUUACAACUGAUGAUAAUACCAAAUUAAUUUUUUCUACAUUAAACUAUAUUUUAAAAUUUCUCACAUGUAAUAUACAAUUAAAAUCGCUCCUGAGUUUAAAUUUAUUAUUAUGCAUUGUUAUUGAAAUUAACUGACACAACAGAUGAAAUUAGAAAUUUUCUUAUUCUAAAGAUAAUAUAUGCAUUUUUAUUUGAAAUAUGGUAUUAGUUUUGAAAGAAAUUCAAAUAUUUUCAUCAUUAUGUAAUUAAUUUUAAAUUAAAUAUCUAUAUUAGGAAUUAUAGCAAUAUAGUAACUAAAAUUGUAAUUUUUUGUUAUAUAGAAAAUUGAUAACCAGGCGGAAAGUGAUUCACAAGAUGGCUCUGUACACUCCAGUUCAUUCCAAAAAACUCCAAUCUCCCUGAUUCAUGAAUUUUCGGCCAAAAAUAAACUUUCGUAUCAAUUUGACCUCCUAUUCAGUAGCGUUUUAACAUCAAAAAAAAUCUUUAGAUAUAGAUUAACAUUAGGUGAAAAUCAAACUGUAGCUGAUGGAUCUUCUAAAAAAAUUGCUAAACAUCAAGUAGCUCUAAAUAUGCUUAAACUUAUAAGGCAACAUAAUCUGCACUUAUAUGAAACUGAAAUCAAACAAUUUGAUCUUAAUAACCAAGUUGAUGUUUGUAACAAAAUCGAUAAAAACAGUGUUGGUAUUUUGGCAAAUAUAUGUACAAAUAAGAAACUUGGUGAACCAGUUUAUGAAUUAGUAUUGGAGGAAGUAGACAAAUACACUAAAUCGUUUACUUUUAGUUGUCAAGUAGCGCAAAUGAUUGAAACAGCUGCAUACAAAUCCAAAAGACAGGCCAAGAAUUUAGCUGCUUUUCAAAUGUUGGAAAAAUUAGAGUCCAUGGAGUUUCUCGGAUCAAUGACUCCUGUACAAGAACAGUACAACUCUGUGAAGGUUUUGGAGAUAGUUGAAAAUAUCAAAUCUCAAGAAAAAAAUAAAAUAAAUUCGGUAAUAUGCAUCUUAUUAUUAACAUAUUUUUAAUGUUAAUUCAUAAUUUUAAACUAUCUAGUUUUUCUAAAGUUUUCACUGGAUUAUGACCAUCCAAUUCAGCCCUCCUGAAAGUACUUUAAUAUAUACGUAAUCCUUAUUAAAAUAAAGUGUAUAAUUUACUAUCAAUUUUUAAAGUUAAUAAUAUAAUAGUUGUGAUAAUUUAAACUGAGUUUUUUAUUUAAUUUUCGUUUUUACAAUCCAAUGAUGGAUUGAUGAAAACCACAAGUUUCGUCAUCGUUUUUCUUUAAAAUUGGAUAGUUUAAAAGAAUAUUAAGUAUUCUUUUGACUAAAUGGAUAUUGUUAGUAUAAUGAAUAUCCUAACUAAAGUAACGUUUCAGUAUUUUAAUAAGUGGGAAGGCUUCUAUUGUUAGUCGAUACUUACUAAAAAUAACCGAGUAGAUCAAUUUUGCUUUGAAAUUACAAUUGUGUGAAUCACAGCUUUUCCUCUUUCAAACAUAUUGUGGUAGUUUUCCUAUUGGAUAGUUUUGAUUUUGAGAAAAACUAAAUAUUUCAAUAUUUCAAGAGUUAUGUUAAAUUUUUACUUUUAAAUUAAACAUUUUAGCACUUUAUGUAUAAAUAUGGAAUUUUUUGUUUUAUAGGAAAUGGGUAACCCAGCGGGAAUCGAUUUACAAGGAGAGUCUGCACAUACAAGUUUAUUGAAAAGUGAUGCAAUUUCAAUAAUUUAUGAAUAUGCGAUCAAAAGGAAAGCUCCUUGUCAGUUUAACCUCUUAAACAAUGGCGCUUCAGUAUCAAAAAAAAAAUUCAAGUAUAAAUUAACAUUAGGUGACGAUCAAACUGUAGCAGAUGGAACUUCUAAAAAAAGUGCUAAACAUCUAGUAGCAUUAAAAAUGCUUAAACUAAUUAUGCAACAUAAUCCAUGUGCUUUUAAAACUGAAUUUAAGCAAAUUGAUUUUGAAAACCAAGUUGAUGAUAACAACAAAAUCAAUGAAAACAGUGUUGGUCGUUUGUCCGAUAUAUGUACCUUUAAGAACCUUAAAAAACCAGUUUAUGAGCUAGUACGGGAAGAGGGAGAGCCACACACUAAAUUGUAUACUUAUAGUUGUCAAGUAGCUCAAAUGAUUGAAAUAGCAACAUACAAGACCAAAAGACAGGCCAAGAAUUUAACCGCUCUUCAAAUGUUGGACAAAUUAGAAUCCAUGGAAUGUCAAGGAUCAAUGAAUCCUGCACAAGAACAAUACGGCAUUUUGGAAAAUAUUAAAAUUAACAAACAUCAAGGAAAACAAACAAUAAAAGCGGUAAUACGAGAAAAAUUAUCCUAUUGUUAAUAUAUUUAUGAUUUAAAUUAAUAGUUUAAAUGUAUUCAGUAGUUCCAUAGUUUUCACUCAGUAGUCAGUGUUGCUUUAAGAUAAUUAAAAAUGUGUCUGGGUGAAGAUAAAAGAUAAAACACUAUUUAUAUGGAUAAAAUAAUUUUAAGUUAUUUUAAUUUUUCUACAUACCCUACAGUUAUUUUGUCAAUUUAUAUUAGAUUUUACAAUCCACAAUUUCUAUAAGAAUUUAGAAUUAUAAUAAUUAAACGACCAGGAUUAUAUUAUUAACUAUUCCUUUUGUUUCUAAUUUUAGUAUUUAUUUGUACAAUGUUAGUUUACUAAUGACAUAUGGGUUUUAACUUUCAAGUUUAAUUUUUGGAAUUUCACAAAUAGGUAUAUUUACAGAUAUUUCUUUAUCUAGUUUAAUAACAUUCGAUAAUUCAAUUAUUCAUCUAAGAUCAUUUAUCAUAUGACUUACUUUGUUUAUGUUCAGAAUAAGAUGAAAGAUUAUUUAUUUUCUAUCAAGUUAAAUUAUUUAGAUAAUGCUCAAUACUAAUAUGUAAGUUGGGUCUUAAUUAAUUUUCGUUUUAAGGAUCCGCUGAGAGAUGAACAAAACCGACUAGUUUUAAUUUUUAUGGCCUAUUAAUAGUUUAAACAACAACCUUAGCGUUUUUUUUGACUAAAUAGAUAAUAUUAGUAGAAGGUACUCCUUAAUAGUAGGACAUUUUCAAUACUUCAAAACAUAGGAUAGUUUCGAUGGACAAUUAUGCAUUUUGGUUACUAAAAGUGUGAUUUUUUUUGUUUUAUAGAAAAUGAAUAACACAGCAGGAAUAGAUUUACAAGGAGAGUCUGCAGAUACAAGUUUAUUGAAAAGUGAUGCAAUUUCAAUAAUUUAUAAAUAUGCGGCCAAAACGAAAAUUCUUUGUCAGUUUAACCUAUUAAACAAUAGCGCUUCAGUAUCAAAAAAAAAAUUUAAGUAUAAAUUAAUAUUAGGUGACAAUCAAACUAUAGCAGAUGGAACUUCCAAAAAAAGUGCUAAACAUCUAGUAGCAUUAAAAAUGCUUGAACUAAUUAGGCAACAUAAUCCACGUUUUUUUGAAACUGAAGUUAAGCAAAUUGAUUUUGAAAACCAAGUUGAUGUUUGUGACAAUAUUAAAGUAAACAGUGUUGGCUGUUUAUCCAAUUUAUGUGCCAUUAACAACCUUGGAGAACCAGUUUAUAAGCUAGUACGGGAAGAAAGAGAAAACCACACUAAAUUGUAUACAUUUAGUUGUCAAGUAGCUCAAAUGAUUGAAACAGCUACAUACAAGACCAAAAGACAUGCCAAGAAUUUAACUGCUUUUCAAAUGUUGGGAAAAUUAGAAUCCAUGGAAUUUUACCGAACAAUGAAUUCUGUACAAGAACAAUACGACUCUAUGAAGAUUUUGGAGAACAUUGAAAUUGAUAAAAAUCAUGAAAAACAAUCAAUAAAUGCGGUAAUAAUAGGGAAAGUAUCUAAUAUUUAUUAGCUUAUGUGAUCUUAUAUUCUAAAAAAAGGCUCAUUAACACUUCAAAAGAUGGCUAAAAAAUUGAUAUUACAAACAUUUAAAAAAGCAAAAUCGGUAUAGGAGUUUAAAAGUCUUAUAACUAAUGGCUAUAAUUUAAUAAAUUAAAUUUCUUAACACUACAAAAUUGACACACAAUAUAUAAUUUCUCUUAAAUAAAGUCUUGAAUGUUAUAAAAAGAAGAGUUACAUUUUAAAAAUUAUUUUUCUAGAAAUUUGUAUGUAAGUUAAAUCCUUAAGAAGUGGAACUUUUCAGCCUAUUUAUUAUUCUUCCUUUAUUUAAUUUUUUUUAAAUUGCUCAUUUAAGGUUCUAUUGACAUUUACAUGCGCUUUUUUGUGGAUUUAAAUAGAAUCUAAAUCUGUUUUCUAGUUACAACUGAUGAUAAAACCAAAUUAAUAUUUUCUACAUUAAACUUUAUUUUAAAAUUUGAAUCAUACAUUAUACAACUAUAUCGCUUCCAAGUUUGAAAUUUAUUAUAAUGCGUUGUUUUUGAAAUUAACUAAUAGAAAGGUUUGAAUUGCCAUUGUUCAUGUUCCAAAGAUAUAUGAAUUUUUAUCUGAAAUAUAUUAUUGGCAUUGAAGAAAAUUAAAAUAUUUUCAACAUCAUAAAUGUUAUUCUAAAUUUAUAUUUCUGUAUUAGGAAUUUUAUAUUUAUAGCUACUUAAAGUCUAAUUGUUUGUUUUAUAGAAAAUGGAUAAUCCAGCGCCAACUGACUCCAAAUAUAGUGGCCGUUUGUACAAAAUAUGUAAAAUUGAGAAUCCUAGAGAACGAGAUUUUGCGGCAGUUGUGGGAAAUGGAGAUCCAUCUCAAUCAUUGUAUACUGUAAGUUGA